UGCGCCUCAUUGUGGGCGCAAAUGUAAAUUCAACACGUGAUUUAUUGCGCUGAGAGAACAGACCGUAAAAAUAUAUAGUAAUAGACCGCCGUUUGCUUUGAGAAAAGUGCGUAGCGACUGUUGAGAAUCAACGGACGUCGUCCUCACUUGCUUCCAAUCGACCAUGGGAAAGUAGCGGGUCACUCACUGGGUUAUACCAAAAGACGAGCAGAGGUAUUUGUAUAGACUGGCUGGACAUAAACCACCUGAUCAGCAUCAUUUGAUUGAGUACUGAAUUAUCAUUUACAGAGUGAAUGGCAUGGGCAUCGUUGCUUUCCUUUCCAGCAUGUAUGGUUUGAUGGAAUAAAUGGCUUACAUCGUAUGUAUCUAAAGAUAACAAUGUCAGUCGCUUUCUCUUCGACGCGCCCGAGAGGCAAAGGGGAGGUGACUCAACAAACGAUUCAAAAGAUGCUGGAUGAAAAUCACCACCUUAUCCAGUGUAUAAUGGACUAUCAAAGCAAAGGCAAAACUGCAGAAUGCACUCAAUAUCAGCAGAUUUUGCACAGAAAUUUGGUGUAUUUGGCAACAAUAGCGGACUCCAAUCAGAACAUGCAGACCCUUUUACCUGCGCCUCCUAACCCUAACAUGAACAUGGGCCCAGGUGGAAUGGGACAGAGUGGCGGUGGGCAGUCUCUUCACUCUCAGGCGAAUCUAAAUGAAAACAUGGCCUCUGGUCUUCCCCCUACCUCAAUGAUGCAGAGUGGGAUGAGCAAUGGCCCCAGCCACGCCCCCAUGCAGCAGCAGCAACAGCCCAGUCAGACGCCUCUGCCCUCCAGCACGUCCAUGAGCCUGCCGGCCAGCGGCCAUCAUAGCUUGGCCUCCGGGUACAGCCACCCUGUGCCCUCCUCCCAGGCCAUGCAGCAUCAGGGCCAGGGCUACGUGUCCUCAGCUUCCCGCAGCAACCUCAACAUGCAGUCCAAUCAAGUCUCGAUGAUGCACCAACAAAGCGGUGGACCUCAUUACUCCUCAGCUCAGGGAGGUAGUCAGCACUACCAAGGGCAACAAUCUAUAGGCAUGCUGGGACAGGGUAACCAAGGCAACAGUAUGAUGGCACAGAGGCCCAUGGGAAGUUACCGCUCAUCACAACAAGGAUCUGCCCCGCAGUACACGGGACAAGACGAGUUCUACGGGGAGCAGUAUGGGCAUGGUCAAAGCUCCAGCGAGCCCAUUAACCAGCAGUAUUACCCUGAUGGUAAUCAUGCAGAAAACCAUUCCCUCCACAUGCACCGCACAUUCAAACACACAUACAUGCACGCACACACGUGCACCUACAGUGCAUUCAGUCAUCAAUCUUAUCCACUUCUUAUGUUCAUUAUCUACAGUCCUCGUACUAUUGUCACUUUCAAUUUCUUUUUUUACCAGCUUUCAUGUCUUUGACCUUUUCAUAGCCUCCUCAUUUCUUGCUCAGUGACAGCCCAAAAAUCUCAACAAACCACACAUCAUUUUCACAUUCUUUUAUUUUUUUCAGCUGUUCAUUUUUUUGGCAAGGCUUGAUGGCGAGAUCGGUCUCAGAGCAGCUCCAGUCACAGUGUGUCAGCCCUUUAUAAAUCAAUCCAAUGGUGUGCGGAAAUUUCAGAUCCUUUCCCCUCAUUUGUUUCCACACUGUUUGAUGAGCGUAGUUUUGUCAAGUGUUUGUAUCAGUGUGUUUAGGUGCAUUGUAUUUUUGUCCGUUGUUGGCAUCUUGUAUUGAUGUAUUGAAAUAUCCUCCCCCCAGUCUUUACAUAAAUGCGAAAACACAGACAGGAAACAAAUAUACCAUUUUGGAACAGGUUUGCCGUGACUAGCUGGAUAUUUUUUUGUUUCUUUUUGGCAUAUGCUUUCUUGGCCUUGCAGGUCACGGAGAGUACUCCUAUCAGCAGUCCUCCUAUGGUGAGCAGGGCUAUGAACGUUCUUUUGACGAGUCUUCACAACAUUACUACG